AUGAUAAUUACAGAUGAGAAAGCAUUCAGAGAUGUGGAAAAAGAAGGCUUUAGAAGGUAUUGUAAGGCAUUGCGGCCUGAAUUUACUAUACCUUCUAGAGUUACAAUUAGAAGAGACUGUUUAGCAUUGUUUGAACAGGAAAAACAGAAGCUAAAAAGAGUGCUAAAGGGACAGCGAGUGUGUCUAACAACUGAUACUUGGUCUUCAAAUCAGAAUAUUAAUUAUAUGUGCCUUACUGCACAUUGGAUAGACGAAGCUUGGGUACUCCAUAAAAGGAUUUUGAAUCUCUGCACAAUUGCUAAUCACAAGGGUGAAACUAUUGGGCAGGCAAUUGAGGGUUGUUUGAAAGAGUGGGGGCUGCACAAGAUAUUCACAAUAACGGUAGACAAUGCAAGCACUAAUGAUAGUGCCAUCAAGUACAUUGUGAGGAAAACCAAGAAUUCUAGUGGAACAAUACUAAAACAUGAUUUUUUGCACCUUAGGUGUUCUGCUCACAUCUUGAAUUUGAUUUUACAAGAUGGAAUGAAAGAGUUGGAUGAGUCGAUCAUUAAAAUCAGAAAUGCUGUGAGGUAUGUUAGGUCUUCUCCUACAAGGUUACUGAAUUUCAAGAAAUGUAUUGAGAUGGAGGAGAUACAAUACAAAGGACUGGUUGGUCUUGAUGUUGAGACUAGGUGGAAUUCAACGUAUGUGAUGCUGGCAGCGGCAGAAAAAUUUGAAAGAGCAUUUGCAAAGAUGAUUGGUGAAGAUUAUAAGUACUUAACUUACUUUGAAGAUGGUGACGAGAAAAAGAAGAAAUUGUUAGGGCCACCAAUGGAUGAAGACUUUGACAAAGCUAGGUGCUUAUUAAAGUUUCUGGAAUUAUUUUAUUUAGUGACAUUGAAAUUUUCCAGCACUUUAAGUGUUACCUCUAACUUAUUCUUCCAUGAGUUGAUAGCCUUGCAAGAUAAAUUGACUGAGUUGUCGUCAAGUGAGGAUGUUAUGUUUAGAGACAUGUCUCUUCGUAUGAAGUCAAAGUUUAUCAAAUAUUGGGUGAAUGUUCAGAAUCUGAAUCCUUUGCUGUAUGUGGCUGUGGUUUUAGACCCCAGAUAUAAGCUCAAGUAUGUCAAGUUCAGUUUUGAAGAUUUAUAUGACGAAAAUCAUGCUGGACAGCUUACAGAUAAUGUGGAAAAAGUGAUGAAUCGUUUAUAUGAUCAAUAUUUGGUCGAUUCAGAAAUUAGUGGUUUGGGGAAAGGGUCUAGUACUUGUCAAGAAGGGACAGGUUUUGCUGGUUCUAUGCAUUUGACUGAAAAAGAUCCAACAAAGUUACGACAAUUAAGAUUUGUUAGAGCGAUGGAAGAAAGGGAUAGCUCAGGAGGAAAAUCAGAGUGUGUUAAGUACUUGGCAUCACCGUGUGAGAAAUCAAGUGAUGAUUUUGAUAUAUUGUUGUGGUGGAAGCUCAAUUCAUCUAUCUAUCCAGUUCUUGCUCACGUAGCACGAGAUGUACUAGCUAUUCCUGUUUCAACUGUCGCAAGUGAGUCGACUUUCAGCACUAGCGGUCGUAUUGUAGACCCUUCUAGAACAAAACUUGCUCCAAGAAUGGUGGAAGCACUUGUGUAUACUCAGAAUUGGCUACGUUCCAAAUCAUUUACGGCUGACUUGGAAGUGGAUUCACUUGAAGCUCAUCUGAAUCCCGUUGAGGAGCAGGCUAACGGUAAUAUGUUAUGUUUAUUACUUGAUUAUAUUCUUGAUGUUUAA